AAUGGCCCCCGUGGAGGGAAAGAGGAGUUUCCUCUUUGCCCGAACUUGGCUGACCUCUGCUGCUUCCGCCCUGUGAGAGACACUCUGGCUGAAGUCCUGGAGGCUUAACUGCCUGAAGAUGACCUCUAGUGAACAGCCCAGUCCGAAGGGCACCCCAAAGGGCAUUUUGCCUCAUCCUGGGAUGUCAGAUUCCGAGCGCUGUCCACCGCUGAAUUACCAGGGCAUUCUAAAUCGGCUCAAGCAGUUCCCCAGGUUUUCUCCUUGUUUUGCUGCGGAGUUGGAGAGCAUUUACAAGUCGCUGCACAAGAUCCAGCAGGAUGUGGCUGAACAUCACAAGCAGAUAGGAAACUUCUUACAGAUCGUGGAGAGCUGCAGCCAGCUCCAGCGUCUCCAUUCGGACGAGGUGUCGCCUGCCGAACCAGUCAGCCCUGCGACGCCCCUGCGCGUGGAGGACCAGACCCCGCAGAAGUCCGACUUUGAGGACAUCAUGGCCAGCAGGUCCUCCCACUGGCUCCGGGAGUCUUUGGGGGCUGACGACAAACCAGAGACCCAGCUGUUGUGGGACAAGGAGGCUUGGUUUUGGCACGAUGCUCUGACCGAGAAACUCUGGCAGAUUUUUGCCCGCAUCCGUGAUGAGAAGGAGAUGCCCAGAGACAGGCCGACCGAGCAGGCACCAGGCCUGGAAAGCAAGGCGCCAGGAUCCUCUAGUCCUGGAGCAGACCCGUGUCCUGCUGAUGAUGCAUCAGCCCCAAGGCCACCUGAGACCUCCUCCCACGCCCCUGAGGGUCCCCAAGAAGGGAGCACAAGCUGGGGUACAGUCCAGGAACCUUCUAGAAGAGCCUCUCUGUUUCUGCAGCCCAUAUCCUGGGACCCUGAGGACUUUGAAGAUGCAUGGAAGAGGCCGGAUGCCUUGCCCAGGCAAUCUCAGAGACUGGCUGUCCCGUGCAAAAUGGAGAAGAUGCGGAUUUUGGUACACGGGGAACUGGUGCUCGCCAUGGCCGUCAGCAGCUUCACGCGGCACGUGUUCACCUGUGGCAGGAAAAGCAUCAAGGUGUGGAGUCUGACAGGCCAGGUGGCUGAAGACAGGUUCCCUGAGAGCCACCUGCCUGUACAGACGCCUGGGGCCUUCCUGCGCACCUGCCUGCUGUCCUCAAAUAGUAGGAGCCUGUUGGCAGGGGGGUACAACCUGCCCAGCGUGAGCGUGUGGGACCUGGUGGCGCCCUCCCUGCACGUGAAGGAGGAGUUGCCCUGUGCUGGUCUCAACUGCCAGACCCUGGCUGCCGACCUGGAUGCCAACCUGGCCUUCGCCGGCUUCACCAAUGGCGUGGUCAGGAUCUGGGACGUGCGGGACCAGAGCGUGGUCAGGGACCUCAGGGGUCUCCCUGACGGAGUGAAAGACAUCGCGGUCAAAGGUUACAGCAUCUGGACCGGGGGCCUGGAUGCCUGUCUGCGGUGCUGGGAUCAGAGGAGUAUCACGAAACCCCUGGAAUACCAAUUCGAGUCCCAGAUAAUGAGCCUGGCCCACAGCCCCCAGGAGGACUGGCUGCUGCUGGGCAUGGCCAACGGCCAGCAGUGGCUGCAGAGCACCAGUGACAGCCGGCGGCAGCUGGUGGGGCAGAAAGAUGGCGUCAUCCUGAGUGUCAAGUUCUCCCCCUUCGGCCAGUGGUGGGCCAGCGUGGGGAUGGACGGCUUGCUCGGCGUCUACAGCAUGCCAGUGGGGACAAACAUAUUCCAGGUACCCGAGACGUCCCCAAUCCUGUGCUGUGACAUCUCGUCCAACAACCGCCUCAUUGUCACCGGCUUCAGGGAGCACGCCUCCGUGUACCAGAUGACCUACUGAGGGGCCUUCGCGGCCGUCCCCCACCUUUUUGUUCCCCCAACCGGUGGUCGUGGUGGAGGGAGGUGGGGAAGGGUCUUCUACCGUGUUGAAAACACCCUCUGUGGUGAGCAGAUUGCUGUCACGCGUAAUAAAGCAUC